AUGAAAGUAGUAACCGCUGCACGUCAAUUGGGUAACUUGAUUUCCUACAAAAGCAUUUUGGAGAAUCUCAGGAACGAAAUCAACAAUCUGCAACAAAAAAGACAAAGGGUGCAGGAAAAUCAUACUUGGGAUUCUGAGGAAUUUCAGGCUAAAAGUAAAUGGUUAAAAAAAAUUGAUGAAUUUUUUGUUCAAGUGGGAGUAUUUGUGAACUACUAUGAAGGAAAAGUUUCUUGCACAAAUUUCCUAUCGUGGUACAAAGUUAAUAAACAAGCCAGAAAGAUGAUGCAAGAAAUGGUACAAUUACAAGAAGAAGGUAAUCUUUAUCUGUUAGUGAAACCACCAAAAGAUUAUAAGGCCCCAAAAUCAAGAGCAGAUACAAUAAAUGAUAUUAUGAAGGCCUUAAAGGACCCUCUUAUCCAAACAGUUGGAGUAUGGUGGUUAGGUGGUGGAGGCACAACCUUAUUAGCCAAACAGGUUGGAGACCAAGCAAAAGAAGAACAUAACUUGUUCAAAGUGGUUAUCAUAGAUGUAGCUGAGAAGCCAAGCGUUGAACAAGUUCAAGAAGAUGUUGAAGCUAUAUUGGGUCUCCAGUUUAAUGGGGAAAUACAUGUGGAAAGAAGAAAUAGAUUGCGUCUUAGAAUAAAGAAAGAGAAAAGGAUUCUUAUCAUCAUUAAUGAUAUGGGGGGAGAGUUGAAUCCUCAAGAAUUUGAUUUGGAUGAAAUUGGAGUUCCUUUGGGUGAUGAACAUAAGGGCUGUAAAUUAUUGCUAAUAUCAAAAAGUUUGGAUUUCAUAAAAAAUUUGAUGGGUGCUCCUAAGGCUAAGGUGUUUCAACUAGAAGUGUUGCUAGAAGAAGAGGCCCAGAGCUUGUUUGAAAAGAUGGUUGGAGGCAUUGCUCAAGAUUCUGAGGCAAGUUCCAUAAUAACUGAAAUAGUGAAAAGUUGUGAAGGUUUAGCUCCUGCACUUUUUGCUGUAGCCAAGGUAUUAGAAAAGAAAGACCUGCAUGCUUUGCAACAUGCCUUGAUGCAUCUAAAGGAACAUGGUGCACCAAUAAGACUAUGUCACAAUAGUUUAGAGAGCGAAGAACACAAAUUCUUGAUCUUGAUUCUUACCAUCAGGGGAAAGAGAGCCGUGAACAAGCAUAGUAUAUAUUUAGACAUGUGGGAAGGUUUAUUAAAAAAUCUUGAUACAUUAGAGGCUGCAAGAAGUAGGUGUGAUUCAUUAAUCAGUGAUCUUAAGGCCUAUGGUCUUCUGGUUGAAGAUGAAAAGGAAACUGUCAAAAUAAAUUACUUGAUAUGGCACACUGCUUAUUCAAUAGCUCAAAGUCAUCUAAAAGCUUCAAUUAUUUCUAAGGAAUGGCCACCUGAAGAAUGGUUGAGAAGUUUACGCUUCUGCAACAUGACUAUUGAGAGUGGUGCACAGAUUCCUGAAAAGUUGCAGUGUCCUGACAUUCAAGAGAUUAUACUAAGCGCUGACAAUCCCUCAAUGCAGGUUCCAAAUUCAUUUUUUUAUGAGACUAAGCUUCUGAAACUAUUAGAACUUAUUGGCUUUGACUGUUUAAAACUACCUUCUAGUUUUGGUUUGUUAAAGAACCUUCAAGCAUUAUCCAUGUAUAAUUGCGAAUUGGGAGACAUAACUAUAGUUGGUGAGCUCACAAACCUACAAAUUCUUGUCCUCCUCGGAAGUAGAAUCCAACAAUUGCCUAGAGAAAUUGGACAGCUUCAGAAGUUGCUAAUCUUGGAUUUAAGAGACACAUAUCUCCAGGUGAUUCCAUCCAAUGUUCUGUCAAUCUUAACUAGUUUAGAAGAAUUGUAUUUGAGAAACUCCUUUUGCAAUUGGGAGGUUGAAAGAUCCAACAGUGAAAACAGAAAUGCAAGCUUGAAAGAGCUAACAAACUUGCAUCGCUUGGCAUAUAUAGAAGACUUGUAUGUUCCUGAUCCUGAGGCAUGGCCAAUGGACCUGUACUUUGAAAAAAUGAAAUCGUACACGAUUUUCAUUGGGGAUAGGUGGACUGAGACCCAUAAUGAUGAACUGAAUGGUGGUGUCCAAGAUGUUCUGAGUGAUUUGGAUGAGUUUCCCCAUCUACAAUCGCUCUUUGUACAAAACAAUGUUGAAAUCAAAUGCAUAGCCGUGAGUUCUAGUGAUGAUCAUCACAGUGGUGCUUUCUCCAACUUGGAGUCUUUGUCUCUAAACAAUGUAAGCAAUUUAAAGCACAUAUGCCAGGGUCCUCUAAAUGAAAAAACUUUCUUCAAAAUAAGAGUCAUCAAAGUACAGCAAUGCCAUGAAAUGAAAUAUCUCUUCUCAAAUUCAAUGACCGAAGGUCUUCCUCAUCUUGUUGAUUUAGAAGUUUUAGAGUGCAAACUCAUUGAGGCAAUUGUGGUUGGAGGAGAGGAAAUAAUAGAGUUUCCUCAAUUACGCUCUCUAAGGUUACAAGGACUCCCUGCAUUAUUAUGUUUCUAUAUGCAUUAUUCUUACCGUGAACUCGCACUUUUUGAUGAAAUGAUUUCUUGUCCUAGUUUGGAGAGAAUGGUGAUUUCCAAUACUAGUGUAAGAUACAUAUGGAGUUUUCCAUAUAAUGUUCAAAAUUCACUUGGGAGGAUAAAGAACCUAUACAUCGAAGAUUGUGAGAAUCUGCUGUCCGUUCUUCAUUGUUAA